UCACCAAUCUUGAAAGAAACAGAAAUCAAACCAUUUAUCCCUUCCAUUUAUUAUCCACUUUAAAUAAGAAACAAAUGAAAAAAGAUAAUCAAUGAACUUGAUCGUUCAUCCUCCUUUUUCAUAGAAAUCACCGAUUUCCUUGUCAUCGUCGUUUCCUCCCUUCCCAUCGAAUCCUAAAUAAAAAAACGGCCCACCCUCGCCACGAUUAACCAAGAUAAACCAAGAUCACCUUCCCCUCCCCUCUUUCUCCCAUGCACAGCAUCGAAAGUAGCAACAGGACGGAGGGGGAUGGAAUCACCGUACCGAUCGGCGAAAACGGGGGCGUGUUGGGUGAACGGAGAAUGCGAAAAGAGAGGGUUGAGAAGGCGACCGGGGGGUUGGAUCGCACAUUCCCCCCCGGGGGUAACUGGUCGAGGCGCAAGGUAUAAAAUCAGACGUCGGAUACCUGGGGUUAUUCAGUGUUGGACCGGAUCCCGUGCUCGGCUCAACAUCACUUCAUUGGAUCCCGAUCUCCGUGCCAUCGACCGUAUCAGAACGCGAUGAGAAAUCAUCUGUUCGUAUUCCUCGUCGUCCUCUCAAUAUUUUCCGUCUCUCUCAACCUAUCCCCAUGUGAGCAAGAUCGGCAGUUGGAAUCUACAAGAGGGGGAGAGAAGUUAAAGCCCAAUAUGAGGCGUGCGUUCGGUUUGUUGACCUAUCCAAGGAUCGGCCGAUCGAACGCGCCCAUCUCGAAUCUGAAUUUCAACCGACGUGGCGUCGAAUCGGACACAGAUUUUCAAUUUUACAGCGCCGAGUUGGACCCGGCCCCGGACAAAGAUUACGAAGAUUCCCCGGCUCCAAAAUCUCUCGGGAGAUCGAUGCACGCUAAACACGCAGACAGAAUUCCUAAGGAAGCAUCAUGGCUAAUCUCGGAUCGUCCUCGUUCGUCCAAAGACGGGUCUUGGAAGAUCGACGAGGGAAGAUCCAUAUAUCCCUUCCUAUUGAAUUCAGAUUCUCGAAACAGUCAGGUGAACGGUUACACUCCUACGAGGCUCGAUCGCCGGGGGAACGAUGCCGAUCGAAUUCUCCGCAAAUGAUCGUCGCCGAGGAUCUUCAGGUUCCGCUUCAAUGGAAUUCACGCGACUCGACCUAAUCUAUCUCUUUAUCCAAUAACCAGCCACUUAAUGGAGGAAAGUUUCUUUGAACAAGUCGAGCGUAUAACGAAAGGAUGGAUCGAUUUUUUUCGCGAACCAUUUCAGGAACCAUUGUUUGUAGAAAAAAAUUUAUCCAAGUUUCCACGUAUACAUGGCCCGUAGAAUUUUCACCUACGUACGAACAAGAGUAAUAAAGCUGGUGAAUACGGCUA